AUGCCAAAUAUUUAAGAAUAAAAUUUCUAAUAAAAUGGAAUAAAGUUCUAGAGAUAGAAUUUAGAAUUGAUCAUUAAUAUUUAAAUGGUCAUAUAAUAAAUAUUUAUGGGUAUGAAUAUGAAGAAUUUUUAUAAAAAGAGAUGAGUAUAAAAAAGCUUAUAGGAAUAGUGAGAUAGGAUGAAACAAUAAUGAUUUGUAUAUUGAAUAAUAAUUUAAUAGAAGAAGAAAGUUUUGAUGGUUUCUUUUAAGGUUGAAUGAGAAAAAAGAGAAAAUUUAAUUAUUAGAAAAGUAGGGAUAGAUGGAUUGAAUAAUAAAUGAUAAGAUGAUUGAUGAAGAAGAAUACUUGCC